AUGUUCGCCAAACUCACCACAAAGAUAGCGCUCCGCAAAGCGGGCAUUCCCUCAAAUGCCCUCUCCAUGCCCUCGUUCGAGGGCUCGAAAGAUCCCAAUGCGACCUCACCAUUUGCGAACGUGUCGAACCCAUUCGCAAACCUCACAGUCCCGAACGCGCUGAAAUCGUGGGCCACUCCUCCACCGCCGCCGAUCGAGAUAGCUCCUGCACCCGAGCUCGGUACGAGAGCGCCGGAGAGCAAUAAGCUUCGGCUGCCGGCUCUGGAUGGAAGACCGAGUGUUGUGGUAUUCCUGAGGCAUUGCGGAUGUCCUUUUGCAGAGAAAACCUUCCUCGAGCUCCGCCGCCUGGCAAACAAAUUCCCGCGCCUGAACUUCAUCGCCGUCUCGCACAGCUCGCAGAAAGCAACCGAGAAAUGGCUCUCUCAGAUCGGCGGGAAGUGGGCGGUUACCGUCGUCGUGGAUGAGGAGAGAGAGGUGUAUGCUAGCUGGGGCUUGGGCGUUAGCACAACGUAUCACUUGCUGAAUCCCUGGACGCAGAUCGCUGCGAGGAAGCUGGGGAGGGAGGAGGGGUUGUGGGGCAGAGAGGUCGAUCCGAGUGGGAACCGGUGGCAGGUUGGAGGGACUUGGGCGACUGAUGAGACGGGCUUGAUUCGAUGGGGUGCGGUGAGCAAGACGGCGGAUGAGAUUCCAGAUCUGGUCCAGGCGUGCCAUAUUCUAGGCGCGUAUUGA